CAAGACAUCCACGGAAGAACUAUAUCCACACGACCAGUCACCCGCACCCGACGCACGAGGCAGCCAUUGGAGGACCGACACACUACACGAUGCAGGCGGCGAAGGUGAAGGCCAAGGACAUGGUGAGCUCGGCCAAGGAGAAGGCGAAGGAGGGAUCGGCCGAGGUGCAGGGCAAGGCGGGCAAGGCCGCGGCGACCACGCACGGCGAAAAGGAGAUGGCCAAGGAGGAGGAGCGCGCGCGCAAGGGCCAGGCCGACGCGCAGAUGCACCAGGAGAAGGCCGAGCACCGCGCCGACGCGGCCGCGAGACGCCACGGCACGGCCGGGACGCGCGGCCACCACGGCCCCGUUGGCACCCCCGUGGCCCCCGACCCCGCGUACCCGGCCAGCGGCUGGCACCCGGCGGCGGAGAAGUACAUCUAGAGAUUGUGAGGGGAGCAGGGUCUACCUUGUAGUCUGUAACCUGCCCGUCAGUCGUACGUAGUUGGUACACAAGUGUAUGCUGUGUGCAUGCACGCCCAUGUACCGGAAUAGAAUGUAUCAUGCUGUAAAUGGUGCCUUCGAUGUUCUAGUGUGAGUGUUGUUGUAUGAA